GAGACCGUCAGUCAACAUGGCCGCCGGCGCUGCGCGGCCGGUCGGACCGCGCCGAGCGUAGUUAUGUCCGCGUCCGCGCCCCACGCCCACGGGCGCACCCCCGUGCGGCGCAGGGGGCACCAACACCACCCGCGGCUGAGGGGCGACCGCACACCCGCCCCUGCAGCGCCUGUAAACACAGAUCCGUCCAAACAAGUGACCUUAGACAGUCAAACAGACGAUGUUGUGCCUUGUGUCAAUAGUGUUAGUGAAUCUCAAGAAGUGACAAGGACGAAUAGUGACGAUGCACUUUCGAAACAGAAUACAAUCGAGCACUUUGCGAAUAUUGACGAUGAAAUUGAUUUCGAAAAUAGAAUUAAGGACCCCGAGUCGCUUGGUUCCUCGGACGACGAAUUUUCGUUCCGAGAAGAGCGAUCGGCGGGAGACGGAGCCGAGUUCGUUGCUACUGUCACCUCAGAUAAUAUAUCAGAUGAUGACCCUGAGACGGCAGAACUGGCGAAACUCAGGUGUACUAGUGAAUGUACAGAAGUCUUAGCUGAAAGAGAGAAUAGGCGGAGGAGAAGAUGUGCCGAUUAUCCAGGUUUAGCAUUCGGGAGUUCCAUAUUUUCCUCGGACACUAUGAUGAAAUUUUCCAUCAUAAAGAAUGAGUUGCAGAAUAUCAAGAACACUGCACUGAAAAGGGCUGAGUCCGAAGUGGCUGCCCUCAACCGACGCAUCCAACUGCUGGAGGAGGACCUCGAGAGGUCCGAGGAGCGUCUCGCCACCGCCACCGCCAAGCUCUCAGAGGCCAGCCAGGCUGCCGAUGAGUCGGAACGAAUACGGAAGGCGUUGGAGAAUCGAACCAAUAUGGAGGAUGACCGCGUCGCCAUCUUGGAGGCACAGCUGUCGCAGGCCAAGCUCAUCGCCGAAGAGUCCGACAAGAAAUACGAAGAGGUGGCGCGCAAGCUAGUGCUGAUGGAGCAGGACCUCGAGCGGGCCGAGGAGCGCGCCGAACAGAGCGACUGCAAAAUCGUCGAGCUUGAGGAGGAACUCCGUGUCGUUGGUAACAACCUGAAGUCCCUGGAAGUCUCCGAGGAGAAGGCAAUGGCGUCUCGCGAGCACGUCGAGGAUAAGAUCCACAGCCUCUCGCAGAAACUAUCGCAAGCUGAGGCGCGCGCUGAAUUUGCUGAGCGCUCCGUGCAGAAACUCCAGAAGGAGGUCGACAGGCUUGAAGAUGACCUCAUCAACGAGAUCGAGCGGUACAACGAUAUCGGCGACGACAUCGACGACUCUUUCGUGGAGCUCAUCCCCGGCGUCGACCCCAACGACCGCCAGAUGGCCGCCAUCCGCGAGGCCGCGCGCAAAGAGUACGAGCGCCUCCAUCCCAAGGAACCCACGCCGCCGCCCCCGCCCGUCGAGGAGCCCGUGCCCGAACCAGCACCCGACGCGGCUGCACCACCACCCGAGGGUGCUGCGCCCCCCGCAGAUGGAGCUCCACCCGCAGACGGUGCCGCUCCCCCCGCCGACGGCGCAGUGCCGCCAGCUGACGGUGCAGCUCCUCCUGCUGAUGGCGCAGCUCCACCCGCAGAGGGAGCUGCGCCACCCGCGGAUGGCGCUGCACCGCCUGCUGAGGGUGCUGCUCCGCCUGCUGAAGGAGCGGCUCCUCCGGCUGAGGGAGCACCUGCAGCUCCUCCCGCUGAUGGUGCCGCUCCUCCUGCUGAGGGUGCUGCUCCAGCUGCACCCCCUGCAGAAGGAGCUGCUCCACCCGCGGAAGGAGCUGCUCCAGCUGCCCCUGCGGAGGGAGCUGCACCCGCUCCACCCGCAGAGGGUGCGGCUCCGGCUGCUCCAGCAGAAGGAGCGCCCGCUGCUGCACCCCCUGCGGAGGGUGCUCCUGCCGCACCCGCGGCGGAGGGAGCACCACCUGCUGCACCCGCGGCUGAUGCGGCCGCAGCCCCGGCGCCCGCUGCAGAAGCAGCCCCCGCAGCAGCCCCGGCACCUGCUGAAGCAGCGCCAGCACCGGCGGAGGCGGCCCCCGCGGCGCCCGCAGCUGAGCCCGCCCCGGCUGCACCUGCGGCGGAGGCAGCUCCUGCUGAAGCUGCGCCGCCCUCUUAGGCUUGACGAAUCUUUGCUCGUUAUUUUCGGACUCUAUUUACUCUUCUACCGCGUUCCGGGUCGUGGUCCCGGUGUAAUUAUAGUGCGACAUC